AUGUAUCCGGUGACAGAAGACUUCCUUUAUGAGCAGGGGUGUAACUCAGAAAGUUUUCAAAGGUGAGGGGAGUCAAGGUUUCGAUGUUCAGUGCGCCUCUCAUGAGUCUUGAGUGGAUUAUAUCGCUGCCCUUUAUCGUAUUUGUACGUCGUGAAGAACCAAGCCGCAAAUAGAGUAUCUAAUAGUGGAAAAGGGAGUAAGUUUUUAAAGAAACUGGUACUGAGUCGGUGAGAGAGUAUAACAGGGUAAUUUAGUGUUAUCAUCUGAGUUGAAAACGUAAAUUGGCCACCGUUAGGAGUUUGAAGGCCGACGUUUCGAGUGUUAACUCUUCGUCAGAGCGAUUGACAAAGGGCUAACGCUCGAAACGUCAGCCUUUAAACUCUUUACAGAGGUCAAUUUACGUUUUCAACUCAGUUGAUAACACUACAUUACUCUAGUAGUGGAAAAGCUGUGUAGAUUUUCGCAAACCCGAGGUAAGAUUUGUAGUUCAGACCAACAUCUCCAUGCACUUCAAAUUGUUUCAUGGGUUAUUGCUUCAACUGGCUGUAACUGAUGCAGUCAAUAUUCCAAGCGACUCCUCAAACCGAGUAAGCCUUGCAAAGAGGGCAGAGGUGCUGAGCAAUCUGUCCUUACAGGCGCUCAUUACCCAUUACCCAUUAUUUAGGGAAAGGGCUCCUGGCCCUCUCUAAAAAUGCGGGGGGCAUUUUGGGGACAUAACAUGAGGGAAGUAUUUGUGGAGGCACCGUAUUUACAGAGAAAUUGGAAGCAAUUACGAGACAUGUUUGAUAAGUUACAAAAUUUCCAACCUGGUUAUCCCGGUCUCAACCUUGCGAAACCGGGAUCCCGGCCUAUCUUGUUGCUUCCUUUGCCACGCCGCCAUUUUGAAAACAACUCAAUAACCUUGCCGCACGCGCGUACGUAUUACGCAUUUAGUGCUGUUCUGCAUCCAGUCAGUCGAAGUUAAAACCCUACUCCAUCCUUGAUAGGAAUAGAAAGCUUCUGUUUUCAUUGGGUUCCUUGGUUGUGAGUUUUAAGAUAACAUGCUCCUUACAAAGAGAAACACGUUUGCUUUAUUGUUGAGCUGUUCAGCAACUAAAAUAAUUUCAUUUGCACUCCUGGCAGAGUUUACGAGAAAGACUGUCAGGGGACAAUUUUGAAAUUGUUAUCAAGGCGAAAAUUGACAAAUCUGUCCGAAGAUGGAAAGACUUUUUCUUGUAUUGCCCAAGGUAUGCUGCUCAACGCAACGUCCUCCUUACCUCUGCUGCCAAAAUUAUAUUUGAAACAUUGUCAUCGAGCAGCGAUGCAAGGAAACUAAAGUUUUUGUGGUAUGAUGUUGAGUCUGUAAAUUACGACGUCAACUGUUUUUUUUUUUUUUUUUUGCUUGAUGGCAGACUAUUCGCUGUUUUAGCCUCAUAUAACAAUUGGAUUUAAUAAUUUACCUGGAUACGUCUCUUGAAGAAAAUCUUAGCUUGACGUCUUAAAAAUAUUAAUUACAUGAAUCAUGUAGCAGAUGAUGCUGUAACUGCAGCAUACUGACGUUAAAUGAAAUGAUUCAUUUUCUCCCCGCAGGUAUCAAGAUAUUUCUAAUAAUCAGUCGUUUAUCGUGGUGGUGGCCAGUAACUGAUAGUUCGGUGUCCGGCUUGGACCUUGUCACUGUCCUGUUAUUCGGCGCGGUAGCUCCGGCAGAGGUUUUGACGAAUCAAAAUGCUGGUAACUUCGUAUUAUUCAUAAUGAUUUAUUCCUUUUUAGUUAAUCCUAAACCUCUGCCCUACUAAUACAGUCAAUUUUGAUCUUCACAAGAUCGAUUUUGCUUCGCAGUGGUCUUUGGUUCAUUAUUUCAAAUCCCGAAGAUCAAUUUUUUUGUUUAUUGUUGUUUUCUUGAGCGGUCUAAACAGCUCUUUCAGCUCUUGCUAGGCUAUCACUUGUUUACGUUAUCCAAUCUGUAGUCGUUAUCCAAUAUUUCAAAUCCCGAAGAUCAAUUUUCUUUUUGCUUAUUGUUGUUUUCUUGAGCAGUCUAA